AUGACUCGAUUAGUGGCUGAACCUGAGAAAUGUGUCCCUAAGGAAGUAAGCUUUCUGACCAACAAUGAAUAUCUGGGGACCAUCUUGUCUUCCCUUGCACUUUUCUUGUCGUUACCUACUGUAUUUGUACUAGCAAUCUUUGUGAAACACAGAGAUACUCCCAUCAUCAAAGCCAACAACCGGGACCUCUCUUACAUCCUCCUCGCCUCCCUCUUGCUUUCCAUCUUGACCACCUUCCUCUUCAUUGGGCGGCCAAGGAGAGCCACUUGCAUUCUCCGACAGACAGCCUUCAGCAUCGUCUUCUCGAUUGCUGUCUCUUCUGUCUUGGCCAAAACAGUCAUGGUAGUCCUUGCUUUUCUGGCCACAAAGCCAGGGAACAGAAUGCGGAGGUGGCUGGGGAGGAGUCUGGCCAAUUCCAUCAUUGUUUCUCCUUGCAGUAUCCAGGUGGUCAUCUGCAGCAUCUGGCUGGUGGUGUCUCCCCCAUUCCCUGUUUCUGACAUGCACUCCCAACUAAGAGAGAUCAUCCUGCAAUGCAAUGAAGGGUCUCUUGCCAUGUUUUAUAUUGCUCUUGGCUACAUAGGCUUCCUGGCUGCCAUCUGGUUCAUGGUGGCUUUCCUGGCCAGGACCCUACCUGGGGCCUUCAACAAAGCCAAGCUGAUCACCUUCAGCAUGCUGGUCUUCUGCAGCAUCUGGGUCUCCUUUGUGCCCACCUACUUGAGCACCAAAGGGAAGUACAUGGUGGCUGUGCAGAUCUUCUCCAUUUUGACCUCCAGUGCUGGCCUGCUGGGUUUCAUCUUUUUCCCUAAGUGCUACAUUAUUUUACUAAGACCAGAUCUAAAUACCAAAGAGCAGCUAGUUGUGAAAACAUAAAUCAAUAUCUCAUUACUUCUGCAAUCUUUUUCUCAAAGUUAUAAUUUUGUGUACAUUCUAUGUGUUUCCCAUCUCAAAAAAGUUUUGUAAUACACUAGGGUUCUUAGGUUCAACCUCCUAAUACCCUCUGAAUGGCUUUGCCAUGGUUUGGACUUGGUUCCACUGCUACCACCUAUUGUGCUGAAAGCAAACUGGCCAUACUGCCCCCUCUCCCCAUUCCUUUGCACCCACUCCCUAAGUGGUUUCAAUGAAUUAAGCCAAUAUUACAAGUAUGGAAUAAUUCCCAGGCUGCAGAAUUUGAAAAGGAGGUCUUAGAAGAUGUCCUCCUCUCACCAUCUCUUCACAGUUUCCAAAGUGGGGUCUCCCUGGACAGCUGAAGUAAGUCCUGGGAAAUGAAGGAGAGGAAAUUUUGCUUUGGAAAAUUGGUAGAGGUCCAGCUAGGAAAUUGCAUGUUGUUUGUCUUCUUAUCCAGUAUUGUCAAAUUAAGUGUUAGUAUACACAAUAUUUCAGGAAGACCAGAGAAUGAGGAUGGUCUGCUAUGAAGGAAUGUUUGCCUUUCAAGAUGGUGGAUGUUGCAGUUUGAUGUUACAGACUAUCAGACAAUUAUAAGCAAAACUAACUUGAAAGGUUUCUCCCACAGGAAAGGUUGAGACCAACCUUUCUGUUCCAGAUACAAGUCUCCUGUGUAGUGGGAAGUAGCUUUUUCCUAUUCAGGCCAGUGCCUCAACUACAAUAGUUGUUGUUUUAUAAGAAAUAAAUACAUUUAAAUAAAUAAGUAAACCCAAAUAAAGAAGAUAAAUAAUGUCCCUGUGGAAGGACAAGCUGCCUGAGCAGGCUAUAAGCCCCUGCGCACCUUCUUCCCCCACCUUCUUGGCCCUCCCCCAUCACCAGGACAACCCAGCUACCCAUCAAAGUGGGGAUUGCUCUCUGUUUAUAUACAGUAGCUUGCCCUGCCAGCGUCGGUAAGGGUGUGGUUUUCUCCUGCCUCAUGAGGAGAAGCAGAGCCAAACCCGGGAGUCAGAUAAAGAGAAAAACUCAAGGAUCGACAGUAGCAGGUUUGGCCUAGCACAGCCAGCGCCACUGCUCAGUUUCACCACCACUAGUCAAUUUCACUGCCUCAGGCAUAGGCAGUCAGGGAAGGGAAACAAGGCAAACCGCAAGCUAAUUGCUGGCAGGUGGCCCCAAUUAACUCAUGGCCAAGAGUAAAUUGGAACCGGCAACAUUGUAGUGGCAACAUUGUAGUACCGGCGGCUCCCCAGACCGGGCAAUGCCCCGAUUACAAUGCUUCAGGAAUACAGCAAUCCGGAGGCAAUCAGCGAGCAGUUGGAACCCGACUUAAGAAACCCCAUUUCAUCCGCAUGAGAAAAGCCCCAUAAGUACACUGACAACAUGGACAAAAGACGAAGAUCAUGAGGACAAUGAAACCUGUCCUGAAUCUGCCAUUAAGGAGACGGGAGGGAGAUCGUGACAAGCAGAGGGGUGACCAGGGACAAGGGCAGGGGCGGAACCCAGGGGUACUAUGGGUCAAGGGGGGAACCCUAUAAAAUACUGUAAGAAACUGCGCCAAGCCAAUCCUGGCUUUGUCUGUAACCGUUACGCAUUACACCUGAGUAAACUAGCUUUUGUUCGAGUCCAUGUCUCACGAGGGUUAUUUCCAGUACCGAAUGCAGCUAACGUUACAGACAGCCCUGAUGAGAAGAGCAAUAGGAAAGGAGGCAAAGCUGAGAGAACUGGGGAGAAAGAGGUGUUUCCCUCAGAUGGAGGAAAGUUUGGGAAGAAGAGGAGGAGAAUCCAG